AUGGCUUCUGUUGCCACGGCCGGCUCUGGCGGCCACCACACCAUGGCCAAGACCAACGGCGACGAUGACGACGACGACGACGCCGCGCCCUACGACGUCCCCGACCAGUACGAGAACCUCGACGAGGUGACGGCAGCGACGGGCGACACGCUCGACGACAUUCGGCGCGGCGAAUCCCAGUCCACAUCCCAUGCUGACAUGGCCGCCCAGGCGACAAGGCAGACUUCCCGCCUCGCCACCCAGCUCUACACGCUCUCGUACCUCGUCCUGUUCGCGCUGCUCGGCACGCUCGCCCGCGUCGGCCUCGCCCACCUGACGACGUACCCUGGCGCGCCCGUCCUCUUCCCCACGCUCUGGGCCAACGUUGGCGGCAGCCUCGUCAUGGGCUUCCUAGUCGAGGACCGGAAGCUGUUCCGCUACGAGUGGGGAACGACACCGCCCGCGAGCGAUGCCGCCGUCGACCUGGCCGCGGCCAAGAGGGCCCAUCUGGCCGCGAAAAAGACCAUCCCGCUCUACAUUGGCCUCGCCACCGGCUUCUGUGGCAGCUUCACCAGCUUCUCCACCUUUAUCCGCGACGUCUUUCUUGCGCUCGCCAACGACAUGCCCGGUCCCCCUCCGGCCCAUCGCAGCGGCGGCUACUCCGUCAUGGCCCUGCUCGCCGUCCUCAUCGAGACCAUCGGCCUCUCGCUCGCCGCCUACCGCGCUGGCAUGCACCUCGGCGCCGCUCUGGAGCCGUACACACCGUCGAUCCCUGUGCGCCGCGCCCGCAGCGUGCUCGACGGGCUCGCCGUGCUGCUCGGCUGGGGCGGCUGGCUCGGCGCCGUGCUGCUGGCCGUAUUCCCGCCGCACGACCGCUGGCGCGGCACGGUCGUGUUUGCGAUUGUGUUUGCGCCGCUCGGGUGCCUGGCGCGGUUCUACCUGGCCCUCUUUCUCAACGGUCGGCGCCCGUCGUUUCCGCUCGGCACGUUUGCGGCGAACGUGCUGGGGACCGUCAUCCUCGGCAUGGCGUGGGACCUUGCCCACUCGGUCAGCGGUGGCGGCGGCGUUCUGGGGUGCCAGCUGCUGCAGGGCGUCGAGGACGGCUUCUGCGGCUGCCUGACGACCGUCUCCACGUGGGUCGCGGAGCUGAGCAGCCUGCGCAGGAAGAGCGCGUACAUUUACGGCUCGGUCAGCGUCGUCGUAUCCGUCGCGCUGAUGGUUGUUAUCAUGGGCAGUUUGCGGUGGACGCAGGGCUUUGCGCCGCUGCAGUGUCAUCCUUGA